AUGAGCACACCCAGAAUAUUCAUACCAAGGCACUCAUAUCCCCGCGUUCUGGCUCUUCCCCAGUCGAUAGUGCGACCGGUACCUAUUGUACAGGCUACUUUGCCUCUGAAUGAAUGGCUUGGACCGAUCUCUUUUACUGACUGGCACUGCGCAAUGCUCGGCCUCCAGAUUGCGUCGUUUCUAAUCCCAUCGACUACCGCGCCAGAACUCGAUAUCAGAUCCCAGAUGAACCCUAGCCGGAGUGAUGACAACACCUUCGUUGUGAAGAUUCAGCUGCCCCUCCGGGGCACCGACACCACAAUGAUGGUGUACAACAGGGACAAGAGCUUCAGCGGCCUCAUUCCUGGCAACACUGCCGACGGGGAGGAGUUGGCGAAGAUCAUACGAGAGAAGGGUGUGAUGAAGGCCAAGGGCUACUUCGAAGCACAUGUGGACCAGCAGACAAAGGAGCUGGUUGUCUUGAAGGGGCGAAUGCUGCAGCCGCAGCCAUGGUAG